GAACUCUAAAACGUUCCAAAUCGUUCGGCGGAAGGAGGGAAGGAAGAAGAAAGCAUCAGAACAAGAGUCCAAGAAGACAUUGGAAUUCCUCCGGUCGUAAGUCGCGAAGAAGGGAAUCUUCAUCUUCUCGAGAUCGGGAGAUUCUCUUUUGUGAUUUAGGUUGAAGGAAACCUAGGAGUUGAAGAUCUCGGAGAGAUCCGAUUCUCCUGAUCUGCAUUUCCAUGGCACUUCGGAGUUCGAAGCUGUUUUUCGUCUUGUUCGCUCUUUCAUGGGCAGUCACCGUUCUUGCUGGGAAGAGCUACUACGAUAUGCUGCAAGUGCCGAGAGGUGCAUCUGAUGAACAGAUCAAAAGAGCUUACAGGAAGCUCGCAUUGAAGUAUCAUCCCGAUAAGAAUCAAGGAAACGAGGAAGCAAACCGUAAAUUCGCGGAGAUCAACAAUGCUUAUGAGGUACUAUCGGAUGGUGAGAAGAGGGAAAUAUACGACAAGUAUGGAGAAGAGGGGCUUAAACAGUUCGCUGCUAAUGGAGGCAGGGGUGGGGGAAUGGGUGGUAUCAACAUCCAGGACAUAUUUGGCCAGUUUUUUGGGGGAGGUUCGAUGGAGGAAGAAGAGAAGAUUGUUAAAGGUGAUGAUGUGAUUGUUGAACUUGACGCUUCUCUUGAAGAUCUGUACAUGGGAGGCUCUGUAAAGGUUUGGAGAGAGAAAAACGUCCUAAAACCAGCACCAGGAAAGAGAAAGUGUAACUGCAGGAAUGAGGUCUAUCAUAGACAAAUCGGUCCUGGAAUGUUCCAACAGAUGACAGAGCAGGUCUGUGAGCAAUGCCCGAAUGUCAAGCAUGAACGGGAGGGAAACUUUGUUACCGUCGAUAUCGAGAAAGGAAUGCAAGAUGGACAAGAAGUAGUGUUCUACGAAGAUGGUGAGCCUAUAAUAGACGGUGAACCUGGUGACCUUAAGUUCCGUAUCCGCACAGAACCUCACAGCCGGUUCCGAAGGGAUGGCAACGAUCUGCACAUGACUGUGGACAUAUCCCUGGUGGAAGCUCUCGUCGGAUUCCAGAAGACCAUCAAACAUCUCGACGAUCAUGACGUCGACAUCAGUUCAAAGGGUAUAACAAAGCCGAAAGAGGUAAGGAAGAUAAAGGGAGAAGGAAUGCCAGUUUACUACAGCACGAAGAAAGGAGACAUGUAUGUGACCUUCGAGGUUACAUUCCCGUCUUCUCUUACUGAUGAUCAGAGGAAGAAGAUCAAGGAAGUCCUCUCCUAAACAACAGCGACUUUCCAUUUUCUUACAUUCUCGGGUUUUUUUUUUUUUUUUUUUUUUGAAGGAUCAGAAUAUGUAUUGUCCCCUCUGUAAUAGUUUUAGGCAAAUUAUGUAGGAAGAAAUAUGUGCUACCAUACCAUGUACUGUACACAUUUUUUUUUUCCAAUUUCGAGUACUAUAUAUUCUUCCA